AUGCAGAUUCCACUUGCUCUAGGCGUCCAGACAGGCGGAAGCGUCAUCCGACCAGCAGCCUAUUGCGGCAUCUUUGCCAUGAAACCCACGUACAACGCCAUCCCAACCUUGGGUCAAAAGACUGUUUCUUCUACAUUAGAUACCAUCGGCUUCUUCGCUCGCAGCAUACCGGAUCUGCAGUUACCAGCAGAUGCCUUUUCACUCUGUGACGACCAGCAUCCGGAGAAAGUGUGCUUGCGAGAUGUCUCAAUCGCUCUUGUCAAGACACCAAUGUGGUCACAUGCCGGCCCUGGUACUAUACAUGCCAUGCAGAAAACAGCUGUGAUACUGCAAAACCACGGCGUCCGGGUCGAAGAAGUGUCACUACCGGAUGACUUUGAUGAUACAGACACUCUAACGCGCUCUCAAAACGCAAUCAUCGGCGCUGAGACCGCCCUCGCUUUCCACGAAGAAUACCAUUCGCACAAGGAUGAUUUGGACGUCUCGAUUCGGAAUCUAUUAGAAAAUCACUUUAAACACGCUGAUGCAGAAAAAGCAAGAAGAGAAGCACUGGAUAAACUCGCUCAUCUGCGGACCGUAUUCAACACGAUAGCAGCCAAGUAUUCUGUCAUCAUCGCGCCGAGUGCUGUAGAUGAGGCGCCGAUGGGACUUGGGGAUAUGGGCAGUCCGGUUUUCAAUACGAUGUGGACGUGGUACACAUACCUGCUUUCGUGGGGAUGA